ACAAAGAAGAAAGAAACGCGUAUGAAACGACGCCGUUUCCAAAAAUUUGUUCUUCGUUGGAUCGCACAUUUUCUCUCUCUCGUCAGUGCGAAGCCGACACUGUUUCGAAUUGAAAUCAGCAGACGAAGAACGGAUUCCAGGUUUCCACAACAGGUUUUGUUUAUCUAUUUUUCAUUUCACAUGGCUAGUACAGCAUGUUUUAUGAUUGUUAGCAGGAACGAUAUUCCAAUAUAUGAAGCUGAAGUUGGUACUGCAACUAAAAAAGAAGAGGCUGCACACCAGCACCAGUUUAUACUGCAUGCAGCGUUGGAUAUCGUCCAGGACCUUGCUUGGACAACCAGUGCCAUGUACUUAAAAGCAAUUGACAGAUUCAAUGAUCUGGUGGUCUCAGCAUAUGUUACUGCUGGUCAUACAAGAUUAAUGUUACUUCAUGACUCCCGCAAUGAUGAUGGCAUCAAAAGCUUCUUUCAAGAGGUCCACGAACUGUAUAUAAAGAUACUUCUGAACCCACUGUAUCUUCCAGGCUCUCGCAUUACAUCAUCCCAUUUCGACACCAAAGUUAGAGCCCUGGCAAGAAAAUAUCUCUAAGAACAUCUUAACACCAGGUGAUACAGGCCAGGGCACUCCUCUAUUAAUUAAUUCAUCCUAGUCUCUGUUCCUAAUGAUGAUGUUAUUAACUAUUAUUCCUUUACACACCAAAAAUGCACUUAAAUGAGUUUCAAACAUUUUUUUCAGAACUUUGUGCUUGUUAUGUUCCCAAAAUAGUCAUAUUCAUAUGGUUUAAAGUCUAGAGACAUAGGCUGGCCUCAUGCAAAAACAAACUUAUAGGGGCAUCCUGAAAUGUCUAUUACAUUUGUUUUCCAAUU